AUGAAUUUAGUUAAAAUAUACGAUAUUUCUUUUGAUUUCAAUUCUUUGUAUUUAAUAAUGGAAAGAUGUGAUGAAGAUUUAUCAUUUGAUUUUUAUAAGCUUAUAGAGGAAAAUAGUUGGUAUACAGAGGAAGAAGUAUAUGAUUUGAUACAAUAACUUAUAAAUGGAAUAAAAGAAAUGCAUUCAAAAAAAAUCAUCCAUCAAAAUAUAAAACCAGAGAAUAUUUUAAUUAAAUAUGAAAAUAAAGGAGAAAUCAAUGAGAGAAAAAUAUAUAAAGUAGUUUUGUGCUCAUAUUUUAGAUUACAGACUAUGAAAUUGGUAUUUUGAUUUCUAAACUUACUAAAAAAUAAGACCUGAUUAGAACAGGAUCUCCAAAUUAUACAGCACCUCAAGUAUUUGAAGAUGAUGUAAUAUAUUCUGAAUAAAGUGAUAUAUUUUCAUUCGGUGUUCUAUUUUAUUAAAUUUGCUAUUAAGCUAAAUUUCCUUAUGAUUGUAGUUCAAUGUAAAGUAGAUAUUAAAGUUUAUAAUAUCUAAAAAAUAAUCCUUUUAAAGCUCCAACUCUUAAUUAUAANCUUCUAUUCAUGUCUUCCUACUUUUAUUGA